AUGCAGCCCAUCUGCAUUCUUACCUUCCGAAAUUGCGUAAAUCCACUUCUUGGCCCCAAAGUUACUCGCCUCGUAUGGUCGACACUAGCUCGCAAUCGUCGCUUGCAGGAUCACAAUAAGGGUCUCACGCUUACCCUUCUCGGCCUUCUUUCUCGAAGGAGCUUUACCUCCCAUUUCCACAAAAUGGCUACCAACAGCACAACCUCGCAAAAAGACAAUCUUGUAUCCUCCGAACCAGGACACUGGGAAGACACCCAGCCGGAGAUAGAUUGGGAAACAGAGUCCCAGAAUUUCCGCGAUGUCAUCGACCAAUCCAUGAACAUUGUCCGACGGGCCGGAUUUCCCGACGUCGAUGACUGGCACCUACCCCUAAAUGGCGGGAACAUCUACUGCUACGCCGCCAUCUUCCUGUCACAACUUCCCAACUUAAAGUCCCUACGUCUGGACUAUUCAUUGGUCUGGUGGGACGGGUACCCAGGCAUCAUGCUCAAGCAGGCCCUCUUCUCCCCAAACGGAGUACUCUCCACAUUCCAACAUCUUGAGGUAGUAGACUACGGGGGCAAUGUCCCCAUCGCCGAAAGUGAGGAUAUAUACAGUGACGAAUCACCCGAUAGCUAUCCUCCAUAUAAUCCGGACCAAUUCAUGGCCUGGUUCUGUCUCCCCUCGUUACGUCACUUGAAUAUAUGGCUCCGAGACAUUGAAGGACUAAGGGAAACAGUCCCGGAUCUCGACCUCAGCAAACUAGAAACACUCAUCCUCGCACGAACCACCAUCUCCGAAGACGACGUCGCAUUCUUACUCUCCCGGACGCCCAAUUUAAGAAACCUCCACCUUGGGAUGGCCUACGCCUGGGGCAGAGAGUUAGUUCUCCAAGAUGCACCCACACUAGCUAACGCCCUAAAGUCCGUAAGCAAGACCCUACACCAACUCUCUCUGGGAGUAGAACUCUACCCAUCCAACCUGGGAGACCGCUACUGGGAUGGCGAAGAGGAUCACUUUCACGACUCAUUCCGGGAUAUCUUACAUUCUUUCCCGAAUCUGGUAUCUGCGGAGAUACCCCUCUCUGUUCUUAUGGGUUGGUAUAUGCAAGAUGCUCCCAAGUUGGGCCCUCUCUUGCCGAAAUCAAUACGCCAUUUGUGUUUAAGGGAAGAUCUGAGAUGUUUUUAUGAUUUUGAGUGGGAGCAGGAUGAGGUUAAUGAUCUGAUUCGGAAGUUUAUUUCUAAUUGGCGUGCUUAUACACCCGGGUUGAAGAGUAUUACUUGGAGAUUGUGGGAUCAGAAUUAUAGUACUGGAUGGGAGGAGUUUCAGGAGGAUUUGCGUAAGGCUUGUGCGGAUGCGGGUUUGACGUUGGAGAUUGUCGUUGAUGAUCUUGGGACUGGGUUGUGGAGUCGGGAGUGCUCUUCUUUUGAGGGGGCGGUGGCACUGCAGUAA